AUGCCACUUGAAAGUACUAUUAUCUGUGUUGACAAUAGUGAUUUUAUGCGUGAUGGCGACUUUAUUCCAACUCGAAUGCAAGCUCAACAAGAUGCUGUCUCACUUAUAUUUCAUGCUAAAACACGUUCAAAUCCAGAAAAUAAUGUUGGUCUUCUUACAUUAGCUGACGGUCGAGUUGUAACACAAUUAACAAGUGAUGUUGGCAAAGUAUUUUCUAAAUUGCAUUUAUUACCAAUAGAAGGCAAAAUCGAUUUUUGUAAAGGAAUUAAAGUAGCGAAUUUAGCACUAAAACAUCGUCAAGGAAAAAAUCAUCGUCCAAGAAUCGUUGUAUUUAUUGGUAGUCCAUUAGAAGCUGAUUCAAGUGAAUUUACAAAAUUGGCAAAACGUUUGAAAAAAGAAAAAGUUUCGAUUGAUAUUGUUGUGUUUGGAGAUGAGUCGUCCAGAGAAAAAUUCGACGAAUUUAUAUCAACAAUCAAUGGAAAAGAUAACACAAAUUCACAUCUAAUAUGUGUACCCUCUGGCGUCAAUUUACCUGAAACAAUAAUUAACACACCAAUUAUUCAAGGUGAAGAUGGGUCGGGUAUACCAGCUGGUUACUCAGCGAGUGCAUUUGCAUUUGGUAAUCCAGAAGAUGAUCCAGAACUAGCAAUGGCUCUUCGCAUAUCAAUGGAAGAACAAAGACGUGUGCAAGAAGCUGAAAUUAGUCGACCGAAUGAAACCGGCGGUGGAGCAUCAUCAGCAGGAACAGCAGACGGAGCUGGUAUCGAAGAUCCAGCUAUGCGACAGGCACUUGCUUUUUCUCUUGGCGGUCAAAAUGAUAUGGAUGUUACGCGCUUAUCGGAAGAUGAACAAAUUGCAUUAGCUAUUCAAAUGUCAAUGGCACCGGGUGCAGCUGAUACAACAAAUUCAGCAGACGUUGAAAUGAAAGAUAAAGAAGAACCAACGUCAACAACAGCCACAGCAGGCACGACGGCCAUGGAAACAAAUCAAUCAGAAAUUUCUCGAACGAAGGUCGAAGAAGAUGAAGAUAAUUUUGCCGCAUCGUUAAAUGAUCCACAGUUUUUACGUGAUGUAUUAAAAGAUUUGCCUGGUGUAGAUGUUGAUAGUGAUGCAGUGAGAGCAGCAUUAGAACAAGUUCAAACGACUUCAACAAAACCAAAAGAAGGCGAUACGAAAAAAAAAGAUGAUAAGGAGAAAAAAUGA